UUUGGGAAUAUCCGCGUGCAAAACAAAAGGUACAGAACAUGAGAGAAUCCUUUAUGCACACAACAAAACUUCUCCCAAAUUGGUCUUUCCACAAAUUUUUAUUUUUAACGGCAAAAAAUUCCCAAACAUUUGGCACUAAAUUAUUACUUUCUCUCCUUUACCUAGUUCCACACAAACCCAUAUUUCCAUAUUUUCUCUCAAAAAGUAAAAACUGGCGAGGCGCCUUGAUUUUCUCACUCGGCGGUUAUCCACUCAUUGCGACAUCAGUCGAAUAUAAUCACGUUCAUACAAGAGAUCCAUUAUGCUUCUUCUGCCUACAUCAUCCUCAACAAAUUAAUACGUUAGUCAACCAACAUGCACAUCAACCACAAGAGCUUCUGAGUAAUGAUGGAAUUACAACAGUCAAUGAUGUUGUUAAUUCACAUAUUUCCGCAUUAACUCAAAAUGAUCCCUUCAAUAAUACCUUGGAGUUGCCACUUAAUUCGACAUCAAUCUUGGCAUCAGCAACAGCAUCAUUGACAGCGAAACCAUCAACUACGACGAUGAGAACUCAGGAAACACUGAGGAGUUUGAAAUUGGAAGAUUAUGACGUGAUCACAUUUGAUCCGAAUAGCAAAGACGAUGAUGACGAUGCUGAAGAUGUUGAUGAGAGAGAUGAAGAUGCAUUGAAUCGAGUAAGACGUGAAAUUCAAGAUUUAAGACAGGAAUCAAAUGAUGAAAUGGAAUCAACAACUAUUGAGUCGAGUACGCAACAAACAACGAUGAUAGCGUCGUUACCGAUGACGACAAUGAGACAAGAGGAUGUUGAUGUUAAUACAUUCACACCAAUGCUAGAAUUACCACAAAAGCCAUCACAAGAUUUUCAUUCAACCACAGUUGGUACUGUCAUAAAUACUGGAUUUAAUAAAUAUCCUUAUUCAUCCUCAAAAUAUCCAAAUGCUCAAUACAUUUCCAUAACACAGGAACCGCACAGUUCAUAUGAAUUCUCACCACAAAUUCAACCGCCAGUCAAAAAUUAUUAUAACUUUUAUCCGAGUCAGCCAGACUACAGUCAUUAUCAAAAAUACAAUAAUUAUGUCAAUUAUGUUCCGUACUGCUAUUCAAACCUCGUUCAGAGCAAGUUUACGCCCUCCAGUUAUUAUAAUGGAUGGACGAAGCAGCCAAUGAAAGUGCAACAGAGCUAUUAUUAUACAAAAUGAUGACUUUUAUCGCCUGUUGAGAGCUACUUUAAGGUAGAAUUUAAGGAUUUUGAAACUAGCUUUAAAAUAUUGGAUAAUUUUAAUGAUUGAGUAUUUUUUU